AUGCGUAUUGAUCAAAAUGAAACAUGGAUUGAGCACAUCGUACUUGUUACCGGCUACAAUUCCAAGGUCUUCCCUCCGAACGAUUUCAGGUUGAUUUUACUUUUGGUCAUCUAA